AUGGCGCCCUCGAAAUGGUCUUCAUUCUCGGAACUCUUCAUGUCCAGCAACUUUGCGGACGCCUUGGUCAAGUGCGGAGAGGACGACAAGACUUGGAAUGUCCAUAGAGCAAUCGUGUGCAGCCGCUCGAAGUGGUUCGACAAGGUCCUGAACGGGCGCUUCCAGGAGGCCGAGACAGGCGUCGUCACGAUCUCGGAAACACCCUCGGUAAAGAUCGAGUGGCUGCUCGAGUACUUGUAUAGCGAUGGCGACAUAUCGUGCUUCGACGCCUUGCCACCCGAUGGCUUUGACCAAAACCCGCUGGUAGCCACCUGCGAGGCGUACGAGCUGGGCGACUUCUUCGACAUUGGCUACCUCCGGAGCCGCGCGAUCGAAGAGGUCACGAUACGUCUCUCCCCGAUCUCCUACGUCGCCCCCCUGUGCGUCUACGAGCAGGUUGGAAGCCUGCAGACAUACAAACUCCCAGACUACUUCGCCGGGGUCCAGAAGGCCUACUCUGACGCCCUCCCACAGUCCGACGAACUUCGGAAGCCGUUCCUGGACGUCGUCCGGAAAUCGGCCUAUACCGUACUGCGGAGCGAGGAGUUCGAGGCUGCUCUGGAGGACGUGCCCGCAUUUCAGCGUGCCGUCGUCUCUGCCAUGUGCCAGGACAUGCGCAUGUACAAUGAGAAGCUCGGCGUCAAGGGGACAAUACCGCCCCGGUGCUGUUGUAUGACACCUGCAAAGGCUUCAAGAUGGAAUGCCGCUGGCUUGGGAUCAAGACGUGGCCAGAUUGCAGCUAGUUUUGACGGCAUCAACGGCCUUGGAGAGACAGCAGCAGCCCCGGCUGCAUAA